UGGAAUUUAACGAUACAGAAUAUGGUCUAGAUGAAUAUCUUGUUCAUUAGAGACAUCAAUCAUCAGCAGAGGAUACUGUAAAGAAAAAGUUAGCUCCAGAUGUCACCUACACAGAGCCUGUGGAUUGUAUUCUUUUCUUUCUUUUCCAUCCAAUGUUCAGCUGCCCAGGAUCCUUGCUUACAAGGACAUUUUAUGGAGCUGGAUAACUUACUUAAACGCUCUCCAACAUACACCCAAGAUUCUACCCCGCUGUGUGAUAGAUACAUCACAGAGGGCUGGUACAGGGCCAGGGAUCACGUGAUGUCUACGUCAGCACCCCUUCUGGGAAAAUGCGGAACAUUGUAUCCUGUUUGGCUGAAAGAUCCUAUCCCAGGAGCAGGGGAAAAACAAACACUAACAGCAUGUCAAAUUGGGUUUAAUGAGAAUUGUGCAUCCUCCUAUAAUAUUGAAGUCAAGAACUGCACGUCUUUCCUCGUAUAUAAUCUAAAGGCUUUGAGUUCCUGCAAUGCUGCUUACUGUUUCGAACAUGACAAUGAUUGUGUAAAUACGUCAGUGGAAAACGCACAAGUUUCCUUCCAUAACGUAACUUGGACCACAGUUGUAGCAGGAAUACUAAAACAGUAUGAUCCCUACGUAAAUUUGAUUUGCUCCUUUACACCUGUUGAUGACGAUACACUGUUGUACCAUAUAAAUUGGUACGUAGACAACAGCACGUUGAUUAAGAGUCAGACGGUUGAUAGGACAUCGUCACAGAACGUCAUACUUUCUGCUAAAGAUAUCCACAAUGCUGGCAAAAAGAUUGGCAUCUGGAUACUCUGUACUGUGGGAGUAAAGAAACCAGAGAUUGAACUGCCAUGUUCCUCAACAUCGAGCAAUCUUUUCUUCGCUGGAAUAGAGAUUUUGAAUCCCACCCUUACAAUUGAGAGACAGGGCCAAGCAACUCUUAAGGUACGCCCUACAAUUCCUUUUGCUGCUGAAAGUAUAGAGAUGAAUGGAAUUCAAUCCAACAGUUCUUUGAGUAUUCAGCUGUCAUUUCGGGGUAAAGAUACCGAGCAGAAAUGUAAAGCAAGCGGUGGUUUCACAGACUGCGAAAUUAAGAUUCCUAGCUACAAGUACAAUGAACGCCAGAAGUACGAGGAUCCAGUGAAUUGGCGUAAAGACUACACCAUGGAAAUUUUUAACUCCGAUGAGGAGGAUUACUAUCUUGCUGACCACCAUCUUGUACUGCAAUUGAAAACAAACAGACCAAAUGGGAACGGAGCGAAAAUCUUCAACGAGGCUGAGUUUUCAGAUGUGAAUGUCAAUGUCAUAGAGUCGCAGGAAGGAUGGAAGGGAAAGCGAUGCAGUUCGUAUAUUGAUCCUCACAUGACCACCUUUGAUGGAAAAAUCUACGAAUGCCAGGCCGCAGGCUGUUUUCCUGGAAAGACAUACAUACUUUACAGAAAUGAUGACCAUUUACAAGAGGUUCAGGUACGUCAUACAAGUUGUUGGAAGUAUCCGCGAUGUGUUUGUGCAGUAGCAGCGAGAUCCGGUCAGGAUGUGUUCACAAUCAAUUUUUGUGACCAAAACCGGUACAUCAACUUUCCGAUAUGCAGAGAUCAUUCAAUGAAAGUUAUAAAGGAAUCAGAUAUAACAUAUAAGAUUAUUAGGCCUGAAGAAGGAAGACAAUGUCCCGAAAAUAUAAUAUUUCCAACUGGAACUUUUGCAAAAUUGAAAGUAUAUAAAUUUACAUCCUGGUACAUCAAUGUGGAAGUCUAUCCAACUGUUGCCGAUUUCAAUAGGACUUGUGGGUUAUGUGGAUUAUUGGACGAUAAGAAAACUAAUGAUUUUCGCCGAAAGGAUGGAUCCAUUAGUUCGUCCAAUCCCCCAAAUGAUUUUUCGAUAUCCUGGAGUCUGGAUAGUGGAGACACAGAAGACCUGUUAUCUAUGUCACAAACUGUUUACGACAACUUGACUCCAUUGUCGACUUACUUCACGAAAUUAUGCACAUGUGAUGACGGGAAUACACACUGUAGCUACAAGAAGUACAGAGAAUGUAAAACAGACGUCAGAGGAAAGGAAUACCAUUGUAUCUUACAUAGUAGUUCCAGAAAAAAACGAGACCUGGAAUAUUUUUCUACAGUUCAACAUAGUGAACCACAAUCCGAUACUGUCACAAAGCGAGAAGCACGGAGGAAGCGUCAGGUCAUUAGUGUCUCAGAGGCUCAGGAUACAUGCUACAAAGCAUUCCAACAAUCUUCACUGUACGAAACAUGUCUACAAGUUGUGCCAAACUUCAGCAACGAGAGCGUCCUGAACUGCAUUAGUGACCUUUCUAUGACUGGAGAAGAAAAUCUAACACAGACACAUCUCAAUAUUGCUCUCAGUCAAUGUCAGGCAUAUAUCGUUCUUAAUUCAACACUGGAAAAGGAACAACCUACCUUGUCGGAGAUAAUGAUUAAUCUAUGUCCAAACAACUGUAGCAAUAAAGGUCUUUGCUCAGGAGGAAACUGUACCUGUGAUUAUGGAUACGGUGGGAGCGACUGUUCCUUUGAUGUUUUAGCACCGCCAACAAUAACAAGAAUUUCAGACGGUGGUGUGUGUGACAAGACUGAGGAACCUUGUGACGAUAUUACGCUGUAUGGCGAAUAUUUCCUGGAAAACAUGGGAACUACAUGUUACCUGACCAGAAAAGAGAUGACAGAAACAAAUAUCACUGCAUCAGAAGAGUCCUACACAGUGGACCUGGAAGAGAGGACCCUGUUUGAAGGAUAUUGCAGACUUGAAUAUUCACAGACCAACACCUGGAGUACGACGUUCCAGUUCAAGAUAUCUAAUGAUGGCACCCAGUUCUCAGAGAUAUAUUCCGUGUAUGUCUAUCAGUCCCAAUGUCAAAUAUUCAACAAUGACACCGGAAGUGUUUAUUUCACUCUACAGGAUGGAUACUGUUAUAUCAAUGGUAGUUGCGUUCAGAGAGGGGGAUUAAAAAACAACGAUUCCUGCUUUCAGUGUGAUCCCGAUAAAGACAUAUACGAUUGGACUCAAGAUUGUACCACGAAUGGUACCACAACAGCCUCUUUAAUAUCAACUGGGUCAUCUAUAUCUAAUAAACCCAAUGGCAACAGAAGGAAGAACACCAAACAAGAUCCUGAAUUAUCUGAGGAUGCUAUUGGCUUAAUUUCCGCAAUGGUUAUCAUUACCAUAGCAAUAAUUUCCCUUACAGGAUAUCUUGUUAAAGCAAAAUGCAUGAAAAGGGAGGAGGAUCGAGUAUCUACCUUGAAAAACCAGGAAACAUAUGACGAAGUUGAUCCUUAUUUAGACUGCGACAUUGGAGCUCGACAAGAAAAUGUUCAAGUUAAUAACAUUUUCCCGUCUAUGAACGCCGACUAUCGGCACUCCCGCCCUCCAACAGCAACUUCUAUGUCAAUCGACAAACCCACCAAUGAUCUUAGAAGUAUAUAUGAUAGGGAUCAUAUUGACAAAAUGUUCAAUGUUGUAUCAGUGACAGAUUUAUAAUCAAGGAUGCAUGCGACCUUUUUAAAUGAUAAAUAAUGUUCCGUAAAUACAAGAGAUAGUGUAUGGUAACAUUUGUUUUAGAGUUGGUAUAUAUUAAUAAUUUCUGGGUGUGGCAAGCGUGUGUACACUUGUUACACUAUAACUUGUACAAUGACUUAUUUCUUAAUGUCUUAUCAAUGUAUGGAAUGUUUUGAUUUCUUGUUCAUACUCAUAUUUUGUAUUGUAUCUCAUUGUUUUACAUGAAAGAUGAAGAUAACGAACAGUGAUAAAUCUUAUAACCCCUAUAAGUAAUACAAAAUAGAGAGGUGGGCAAGCACAAACCCCUGGAUACACCAGAGGUGGAACCAGGUGCCUAGUAGUAAGCUUCCCCUGUCGACCGGUCACACCUGCCAUGGGCCUUGUGUAUUAUAAAGAUACGUUCUUUCAUUUGCUUGAUUUUAUUCCUGCACAUUAUAUUGAUUUAAAGCUUCAAAAUGAGUAAAUAAAAUUCAACUGCUUAUUAAUCAGAAUGAUAAAAAGUCAUUUUUGCUUAAUUGCAGACCUGACUAAACCCUCCCCUUUCUCUGUGGGGAAUUUAGAAGGGGCAUGAUACCCCCUUUGUGAUUAAUCAAUUAUUUGUUAUUCAUUGACGUCAUUAUGUAUAAACCAUAGCUCGAAUAACUAUGAAAGUAAUCCACAAAAAAAUCUUGAAACACUGGAGCUUUUUGAGAUUUGCCCUGAAUCCCAUCAUAUUUGGUCCUGGUCUCACUGGAGACUUGAUACAACCUGGAGUUAAAACUUCUUCUCUUAAAUAUGUGUUGAAUGUCAAAGACAACAAUACAUAUCCCACUCUAAUAGUAUACAAAAAGUUUUGAAUAGUAAUCAAAACAAAUUAGUCUAUACUUUUGUUUUUGAGACAUUUCAAUCUGUGUUACAUGUGCUAAUUGUGAUUGAUGUAAAGUCCCACGAUACGGGAAGUUGACGAUGGAGAAACUGUAGUCAUCUCAUUUGUCUUAUAGUUGAGUUGUUAGUUUGCUGUUAUCUAUGUUUAAUAAAAUAUCUGAGUACGAAGCAA